AGCCAUGCUCACUUCAAUCACUUAUGGACGCUAUUUGGGAAUUGGGAUGGUGUCCGACAAUGCCAAGCGCGAUGCCACGCCUGUGAUGGAUCAAGAUCCUGCAGCUACACGUCGGGAGGUCCUGGAGGCGUACCGCGCUCACAUCAAGGUUAGACGCGCAACGCUUGUGCUGUAGUGCACUCUUAGUGUUGUUGGCUGACCUUGGUGUUGCUUGUUGAGCAGGAGACGAGAACUAACAAGAAAAGGAAACAUAAGCAAAUAAUAUUGGAGGACGUACGGAAGCGGCCUCCACGUUUGCAUCUGAAACAAGAGCCUAUUCGAGGUCGUUCUCAUCACCAUCCGCAGCAGUCAAAGAAGAAAGAGGAAAGUCCGACACGAAGACUGCACGGUGGGAAAUAUUUCAAAAAGUUUUUAGCGGGACAAUUUCGACUCGGUCGCGAUGAACGACCAGAGGGUUGGGCGGCUCAUAAGAUCAACCGUGCGAUGCGGAGAUAUUACAGAAUGCAUUUGCUGCUCGAGAGACGAGAUGAACACCACCUUGCUCUGCAAAGUAAGCUACUGUAUGAUGAAUGCUGCCAAUGCCGACCACUCGUACCUGGCCCCAUGACUACUGAAAGUGGUGUUCUCCGACUUGCGGAGCCCAAUCUCCCUAAAAUUCUCCGAAUUCUUCGGAAUGAAGCCAACGACGGGCUCGAUCUUCUGCAACCACAUGGCUUAGCCCAAUAUACUGUUAUGCAUGCUGCUGCCCAAAGAGGAUACACGGAUCUGGUCCACGAACUUAUCACGCAUUGGAAUGAGCACCCGAUGAACUCACCGUAUCAAAAGUACAGCUUCAUGCAGCUGAGUCACUUACUGGAGCUGGUUCUAGAAAUGCGCAAGGCUAAAAGGCUCGUGAGUGAGUCCGGCCCUGAGAUGCGAGCUCUCAUUGCUGAUGUUGGAGUAUCGUUCGCUCGGUUCUCGGACUCCCUCGACAAGCUACACAACGAUGCCAUCACUCUACAAGAUCUCCUGCAAAUUUGCGGCCACCCGCUCGUUCUCUCAAAAGAUGUAGCUGGUAAUACCCCAUUGCAUUACGCUGCCGAAGGAGGACACCUCACACUGUGUAAGCUGCUGCUGGCUAAUGGGGCCAAUAUAAAUGCCCAAAACAAAUCUGGCGAAACACCACUCCAUUUCGCCAUAGCUAGCCAACGUCACGGAGUUUGUCUUCAUUUUGUGGAGCAUCACGCAGAUGUACGAAUCUCUCGGUAUGUAACACUUACGACGCUGGAUGGUACAGUCUUGCGAGGAACAUUUGUGGAAUCACCCAACGGUAAGGCGGCGGCCAAGGUGUUGCCAUCGUUAAACUUCCGUACAGGAGCAAUGGUGCAGCACAAGCGCCCGCCCAAGACUCACCUACCACAAUAUCAACCUCUGGCUGGAGGAACUACUGCUGUAGCCCCUGAACCCGCGAUAGGGAGGGCGAAAGCUCGGCAUGAUGCUGUUGGCGCUGUGAACGACAGCACAUGUUCAACUGUUGAUAGUUUACUGACUUCUCCAUUUCUGUGCACCAAAAAUCGUCGCGAUAUCGUCUUUUUCCGGUCAGCGCCAGGGUAUUCAAUUCUAGCGCCGAAAACGCUGGGGAUUCUCGUGAUCUCAGAGCAUGUGACAGUUUCUGAAAUGAACAAAGCGCGAGAAGUUCACGAGAGAAGCAAAUUAUUCCACCUCUUGAUCGAGAAUGUCCCCGAGGCUGCCGUUUUGGCGAUGGAUUCUUUUCGGAUUCCAUUAUUCCGAUGCAGCAUGCUAAAAGAUGUCCGUGAGCGCAACCAGCGGUGGACAGUGAGCAAUGAGCUAAAGACGACACAGGAGAAGCGAGAUGCUCUGAUUGUACAGAUGAAAGGCCAGAAAAAAGCUGGUCGUUCGCCUCGGCGAAAGCGAAAACAAGGGUCGCUCGCAAAAACUCUAGCGCGGCUGAGGAAGCUCUUUAAGAAAGUGUGGAAAUUCUUACGUCGUGUAAGAAGUAUAUUGAGCGUACAGCACGUGUUCACGGUGACUGAAAAUGAAGCUGGACACAAGGAUGGAAUUGUUUUCGAGCCCAAAGGGAUCUUGUAUGAAUAUGUAUACGAUCACGCAGAUUUCCGAGGUCAUCACAGCCCAACCUUGUGGCUAAUCGUCCAGACAGAGUGUAAGGAGCUGAUCUUCCAUCCUUGGUUUAGACAACUAUUGGACCACAAAUGGGACUCGUUCACACGACAAACAUUUCGAUCCCAGUUCAAAGUGUACUUCGUGUAUUUUGUUGCUGUAUUUGUGGCCACGUAUUUGCACGUAGGUGAUACAUACAUUGGGAUGCCAAUUGGAGGCUACCGCAAUAGCAUUUUCACGGAGGAAGUUGGCUACGUGGAAUACAUUCGCGACGUGGCUCGACUCGUUUAUUCAGUCAUCAACGCAAGCUAUACAAUCCAAGAGUACCAAGCGUACCGAGAAUGCGGAAGCCUUCGCGUGUACCUUUGGGACGGAUGGAAUUGGUUCGACUUGGUGCAGAUUACCUGUGUAUGGCUUCUUCUAGUCGCAGAAAUGAUUGAACUGGUAUUUCCAGGCUUUGAUCAGGACGAUUUCAAUCUCGUCGUAUAUCAAGAAUCGCUGUACAGUUUUACUAUCCGAAGGAGAUACAGCUUCCGCAUCACGUUGAUGAGCAUUGUGGGGCCACAAAUCUUUGUCAAAUGGAUUCAAUUCGCACGUGGCACAAGGGCUCUUGGACCAUUCGUCCGAAUGAUUGCAAAGAUGUUCUCAGACAUUCUUGUCUUCAUCAUGGUGUUUUGCGUUUUCUUGGGCGGAUUCGCCUUCGCGUUUUUUAUACUACAGUUGGAAGGAUGCAAAAGCUAUUUUUCAGCUGUCACCACAACUUUCAACAUCAGUCUAGGCUCGUGGGAUUGGGAUAGCAUCCAAGAAGGCGGCUUUCUUGCCAUCCUCCUUUUCAUUGCAUUUGUAGUUAUCGGCACCAUUAUGCUGCUUAAUCUCCUGGUCGCGGUAUGUUCGUAUGUUUCUGGUAUCGUAUGCCAAAGUCUUGAUAGAGAAACGAAACUAAUGGCGGUUAUAUGCAGAUGAUGGGGAAUACUUAUGACAAAAUCUGGGAAGAUCGAUUGCUCUUCUUUGAGCUCGAGCGGGCAAAAGCAACUCUUUCUAUCCAAACGUCUCUCGACGAUGACUUGUAUGACGAGAAGCACUGGUGUCCACGGCUCUACGUGCUUGAAGGGGAUACCCCAAUCGAAGGCAUUCAAUUUCAUCGCUUAUGAUGGAACUGGAGACCAUUCAGUACACACAGUCAGCGACGUCAAGGAAUCCCACAAGGAUUUGGCGUAUGCCUGUCAUCACAGGUGCACCACCGUGGAGAACUUUUCCACUGUGUACUGCAGCAUCACCUUGAGUAAUAUGCACCGUGCGCUUCGUAACGUCGAAAUAUGUGCCACCUCCAGUAAAAUCAUUGACCGAGUUGAGCAGGAUAUUGAAGGAUAAUACAGAUCCAUCACGGUGAAGUGCAAGCUCAGAGCGUUCGCCCUUACGCGCCUCAUACUUGACGAAAAAGAGGUCGCGGAAAAGUAAGCGCUUCGUCUUCGGUAAUCGGUAGCGCUUGGCGAUUUGAGAAAACAGUCU